AUGUUAUCGCGACACGCGCCUUCACCCAAGGCUGUCUCCUCCCUCUCGACCCGCGUCCUCCCGUGCGCCGCCACCUCCCGAGUAUCCUUCUCUCCAGCACAGCAGUCCCGAGGACUUGCCACAAUCCAGGACCCCCCUCCGCCACCCAAGCGGACGCAGUUUGGUGGACUCAAGGACCAGGAUCGUAUUUUCCAGAACUUGUAUGGACACCAUGGAGCCGAUUUGAAGAGUGCGAAGAAAUAUGGAGAUUGGCACAAGACGAAAGAGAUCCUAUUGAAGGGUCAUGAUUGGAUCAUUUCCGAAAUCAAAGCCUCUGGUCUCCGAGGACGCGGUGGUGCUGGAUUCCCUUCCGGGAUGAAAUGGUCAUUCAUGAACUUCAAAGACUGGGACAAGGAUACGAAGCCGAGAUAUCUGGUUGUCAAUGCUGAUGAGGGCGAGCCUGGAACAUGCAAGGACCGAGAAAUCAUGAGGAAGGACCCCCAUAAACUCAUUGAAGGAUGUUUGGUUGCCGGUCGAGCCAUGAACUGCACUGCCGCGUAUAUCUACAUUCGCGGCGAAUUUUACCAUGAAGCGACAGUCCUGCAAAGAGCGAUCCAGGAGGCAUACAAAGAUGGAUUGAUUGGAAAGAAUGCCUGUGAUAGUGGAUACGACUUCGAUGUUUAUAUCCACCGUGGAAUGGGAGCCUACGUCUGUGGCGAGGAAACCUCACUUAUCGAGUCUCUGGAAGGCAAGCCUGGCAAGCCUCGUCUAAAGCCCCCGUUCCCUGCUGCCGUCGGACUUUUCGGAUGUCCAUCAACAGUUGCAAAUGUCGAGACCAUUGCAGUAGCGCCAACGAUUUGCCGAAGAGGAGGUUCGUGGUUCGCUGGAUUUGGACGAGAGCGAAAUGCUGGAACGAAGCUCUUCUGUAUUUCUGGCCACGUCAACAACCCAUGUACCGUGGAGGAAGAGAUGAGUAUCCCAUUGAGGGAGCUUAUUGACAAACACUGUGGCGGCGUUCGUGGUGGGUGGGACAACUUGAAAGCCAUCAUUCCAGGAGGAUCCUCGACUCCAAUCUUACCAAAAACCGUUUGUGAUGAGCAACUCAUGGAUUUCGAUGCCUUGAAGGAUAGUCAGUCUGGUCUUGGUACGGCGGCAGUUAUCGUUAUGGACAAGUCUACUGAUGUCGUUCGCGCUAUCUCAAGAUUAAGUCAUUUCUAUCGACAUGAGUCUUGCGGUCAAUGCACACCUUGCAGAGAAGGUAGCAAGUGGACUGAACAGAUCAUGAAGAGAUUUGAGAAGGGACAAGGACGGGAGCGGGAAAUUGAUAUGUUGCAAGAACUUACCAAACAGGUUGAGGGCCACACCAUUUGCGCUCUCGGCGAAGCCUUUGCCUGGCCCAUCCAAGGACUCAUCAGACAUUUCCGACCAGAAUUAGAAGCACGUAUGAAGGACUUUGCAGAGAAGAAUGGAGGACCAGCCUUGGCUGGAGGGUGGCCGAAUGAUUCUCUUUCACAGGGGAAGCUGAUUGCGCCUGGGCAAUAG